CAGAUAUUUGUUUCGGGACGUGAGUAACUGUAAUUUGACCAAAUCGCCCGCUAGGAACGUUAUCCACCGAUUUCAUCGUCCAUCCCAUAACAUUCGUCAUUUUUCCCUUGCUCCAUGCCAUAGCUGCACAGUGCAUAAGCAGCACAAAGACUGCAACUAACAUAACGCCAUCCCUUUUUCUUUCUCUUCAACCCCUAACUUCAGUUCCCAAACCAAAACGAACAAAAAAAAACACAAUCAAUCCGUAACCUCAAAGAAAAUGGAGCCAAACCCGAAAUCCUUCCCAAUCCUCUCCUACGUCAUGGCCCGGCUACCCUCAUUUGGACCCAAAUCCUCUUCCUCCGAGACCUCCUUCGACAUCGAACAGCCACCGCCACCCCGCGCGCCCUCCGAUCCCUCUGCCAGCCAAACACCAAUCACCUCCCAGCUACCGCACUUAACCGACCCGAAACUCCUGGCAUCAAUGACCCGCGCUAUAUCCGACGUUUCACAAACAAGAUCCGUACUCCAAACCCUAGGACCCCGUCCAGACCAUGAAACAGUCGACAACGCUAGAAUCAAACUGGCAGAAAUCGAAUCUGACCUAUCCAAACAGCUUGAAGAGAUAGUGCUCUCUCCGCGACCUGCAGAGGUGGAGAGGCUUGAGUGGAGAUCGCAUUUGGCGGAUAAGGAACAAGAAUGUAGAAAAUCCGCCGAGAAAGAGAAGAAUUUGUGUAAAAUGGUAUUGCAACUGGAUGAAAUGCACGCCGAAUAUGAUAGGAUGUUGAAGGAUGCUGAGAAAAGGUUGGUUCAGAUUUAUGAGAGAGCCGAAAGAGGAGAAGAUGAAGAUAAUCAUAAAGAUAAUGAAGAAGUGAAUGAAGAGGUUGUUGGAAUAAUGAAAGAAGCCAGUGGGAGGGUUUUGGAGAGAGUUGAUUUGUCGAACCGGAGAUUGAGGUUUUUGCCUGAGGCUUUCUGCAGGAUCUCUGGAUUGAAAGUUCUUGAUUUGUCUAAUAAUCAGCUUGAGGUCAUUCCUGACUCAAUAGCUGGGUUGGAAAAUCUUGAUGAGCUAAAUCUUGCUUCAAAUCUUCUGGAGGCAUUGCCAGAUUCCAUUGGUUUGCUAGUUAACUUGAAAGUUCUAAAUGUCUCCAGCAAUAAGCUCGAGUCCUUGCCUGACUCCAUUUCUCAUUGCCGAUUGUUGUUGGAGUUGGAUGUGAGCUUCAACCGUCUUACAUAUUUGCCGACUAAUAUUGGGUAUGAGCUGGUGAAUGUUAAGAGGCUAUCGAUCCAAUUGAACAAGAUUCGUUCUCUUCCCACUUCUAUUGGAGAGAUGAGAUCUCUGCAGCACUUGGAUGCUCACUUUAAUGAGCUUCAGGGCCUUCCACUUUCAUUUGGUAGACUGAUAAAUCUUGAGAUCCUUAAGUUGAGCAGUAAUUUCAGUGACCUGAAAGAACUCCCUGACACUUUGGGUGAUUUGACAAAUCUCAAGGAACUUGAUCUCAGCAAUAAUCAGAUUGAGACUUUACCUGAUUCAUUUGGUCGGCUGGAUAAUUUGACCAAGUUGAACUUGGACCAAAAUCCUCUCAUACUUCCACCACCCGAAGUUGUAAAAGAAGGGGUUGAAGCUGUCAAAAUUUUUAUGGCUAAAAGGUGGCUUGACAUAUUGGUGGAGGAAGAAAGGAAGAGCAUGGUUGAAGUACAAGAACAAGCACAGAGUGGGUGGUUGACACGGAGCACAUCCUGGUUGAAGAGUUAUGCUGCAAAUGUUACUGAGAAUGUUUCAGAAUAUCUAAGUCCAAGAUCAAGAUCUCCUAGGGACUCUUAUCUCAAUCAGCAGCUAUGACAUCCCGGCGUGAUGAUAAUUUGGUCGGACCCUCCUUUUCAUGGCACAUAAUCAUGAUAAAAGAACGCAGGGAUGGAUUUAUUCUGCUUUUCUUUUUCUUUUGCAGUCAUUUUAAAUUCUUAUGCUGCAAUAAUUCCAGUUAAUAAGAGAUAGAAAUCUGGCAACCUUUGUUUUGCUUCCAUUUCUAUUCCCGGAAAUGCAAGUUUUGAUCUAAAAUAUAUGGGGCACGGCAUUCUGCUGUUAUUAUUUUUGUUUU